CAGCGAAGCUUGAGAAGGCAGAAAUUUUACAGAUGACUGUGGAACAUCUGAAACUCCUGCAUGCUAGAGGGGUUGAUCCGUUUUCGCUGGAACCCCACAAGUUGUUUAUGGAUUAUCACAGCGUCGGGUUUCGAGAGUGUGCCUCCGAAGUAGCGCGCUAUCUUGUGGCGAUAGAGGGCUUAGAUCUACAAGACCCAUUGCGGUUGCGCCUCAUGAGUCACCUUCAGUGCUACUCUGCUCAGAGGGACUUGGUCAUAAAAUCUGCUGCUGUCCACAGUCCGUGGAAUACUUCAUCAUCUCUAGCGACCCUUCCUCCGGCACCUCAGUAUCUUUCUCAACCAGUAGCGCCACCUGGUGGGCCUGGUGUUCCAACGUCUUCUUCCAUAAACCGAGAAGCGUCACCUGUAUCUGCUUACUCAUCUAACGAAUUAAGAGUUCCUCACCAGUCUCAUUCAGCCGACAAUAUUUCGUCCUCGUGUCUCCUUCCACCACAUCUGGAACACCAAUUACCUAGAGUACUAUCCAACUCGGCGACUUCUAUAUCUUCCUCCACGAUGCAGCCUUCCAUAAAUUCUAGCAGCUCUUCUCAUCCUCAGAUGCAGACCAAUCAAUACCCCGCGACACAGGUACUUUCAACCAAUGGUUAUGGAUGGUCAAGUGGAUCACCACAGCCAUCAUCUUCCACAAAACCUUACAGACCAUGGGGAGCUGAGUUAGCUUACUGACCAAUGGUUAGAACUGCACCCAUUAAAAAUAAUAAUAAUAAUAAUACAAAUUUUGGAUCAAUAUAGCUAGCGUUCUACAACCUCAUACAAAUGGGUGGAUGUGGGAUAUCUAGAAGCUUCGUGGAAGGGGGAGUUGUUGGCAUAUUCAGAUAAACUUUAGAGUGCGACUUCGCGUCCGAAAGGUACUCGCAGACAGUCCACUAACACUAUGUAAUAAGACAGGUACUGUGUGACUUUAAAUCAGGCGACGAAUUCAGCAGGAGUACUGUGAUUCUGUUCUCGUUCUACAGAUCUCACUGAUGUAUUAAUGCGUUCUUUUUCUUUUCUUUUCUUUUCUUUUGUAUAUAAACAUCACAUGUAGUUUUCCAACAUCAAAACUAUUAAUUUCAACAAUAUAUAUCGAGAAAUUAUUUAUUUUGACAGAAAUAUUGCCUUACG